AUGAAAGAACUUUCUAUAGAUGAAAAAACUAAAGUUCAUUCAAAACUGAAAUUUUUUAUUGGAGAUAAUAUACAAUUUCUUACAAAUGAUAGAACAUUUUUAAUACACGAUAAAAGGGUAUUAUUAGUCCCAAAUAGUUUAAUGAAAUGUUUAUCGUCUGUUCCUAAAGAUAACUUAGUUUAUUGUGGUACAGUAAUUGGCAAGUUUACAAAAAGCAAUAAAUUUAGAAUUUGUAUUUCUUCUGUACACAUUCUGUCACAAUAUGCACUCAAUAAAGUAUGGAUAAAAAAAAGUGCGGAAAUGAAUUAUUUGUACGGUAAUAAUGCGCUUAAAUCUCAUGUUUAUCGAUUAUCAGAAAAUAUACCUAUUAAUACUGGGGUCUUUGUUUAUAAUCAGAAUGAUAUAUGUUUGGGAUACGGUGUCUGUGCUAUUAAGCCAGAGAAAUAUCCAGAAGCAAAAGGUUAUCAAUUAGUGGUAAUAAGACAAGGAGAUAAUGGAGAAUAUAUUAGAUCGGAAGAUAAGGUAGCAUAG